UGACGUCAUCCGGCGGGGCGACGGGCAUUGGGCGCCAUUUUGAAAAGGGAAAAAAUUCCCUCCCCGGCAGCGGCGGCGGUGGCGGCAGCGGCAGCGGCGGUGGCGGCCCGGGCUGAGCGCUCGGAGCGCCUCGGUCGGCCGCGCUCAGCUGGGCGCGUCCGGCCCGCGCCAUGGCAGGAGCCGGAGGCGGCGGCUGCCCGGCGGGCGGCAACGACUUCCAGUGGUGCUUCUCGCAGGUGAAGGGCGCUGUCGACGAGGACGUGGCGGAAGAGCUGUCAACUGGGCCAUGGGCCACUGAAACCCAUCUUCCAGCUGUGUUUGUGCUCUGCCCUUGCAGUUUUUAGGCUGCUUACAUUUCAGCUGACAUCAUCUCCACCGUUGAGUUUAACUACUCUGGAGACCUUCUUGCAACAGGAGACAAAGGCGGCAGAGUUGUUAUUUUCCAACGGGAGCAAGAGAAUAAAGGCCGCGCUCACUCUAGGGGAGAAUACAAUGUUUACAGUACCUUUCAGAGUCAUGAGCCAGAGUUUGACUAUUUGAAAAGUCUAGAAAUUGAAGAAAAAAUUAAUAAAAUCAGGUGGUUACCGCAACAGAAUGCUGCUCAUUUUCUACUCUCUACAAAUGAUAAAACUAUUAAAUUAUGGAAAAUAAGUGAACGGGAUAAAAGAGCAGAAGGUUAUAACUUGAAAGAUGAAGAUGGACGACUUCGAGACCCAUUUAGAAUUACGGCACUACGGGUUCCAAUAUUGAAGCCCAUGGACCUUAUGGUAGAAGCAAGUCCACGACGAAUUUUUGCAAAUGCUCAUACAUAUCACAUAAAUUCCAUUUCAGUAAAUAGUGAUCAUGAAACAUAUCUCUCUGCAGAUGAUCUGAGAAUAAACCUAUGGCAUUUAGAAAUCACAGAUAGAAGCUUCAACAUUGUGGACAUCAAGCCAGCUAAUAUGGAGGAGCUGACAGAAGUCAUCACUGCCGCAGAGUUCCACCCACAUCAGUGCAAUGUAUUUGUCUACAGCAGCAGCAAGGGGACCAUCAGGCUGUGUGACAUGCGUUCUUCUGCCCUCUGUGACAGGCAUGCCAAGUUUUUUGAAGAGCCAGAAGAUCCCAGCAGUAGAUCCUUUUUCUCAGAAAUAAUCUCAUCUAUAUCUGAUGUGAAGUUCAGCCACAGUGGUCGAUACAUGAUGACCAGAGACUAUCUGUCAGUGAAGGUAUGGGACCUCAACAUGGAGGGCAGGCCUGUCGAGACUCACCAGGUGCACGAGUACCUACGAAGCAAGCUCUGCUCCUUGUAUGAGAAUGACUGCAUCUUUGACAAGUUCGAGUGCUGCUGGAAUGGUUCAGACAGUGCCAUUAUGACGGGGUCCUACAACAACUUCUUUAGAAUGUUUGAUAGAAACACUCGGAGGGAUGUUACACUGGAAGCCUCAAGAGAGAACAGCAAACCCCGAGCCAGCCUGAAGCCCCGGAAAGUAUGUACAGGGGGUAAGAGAAAGAAAGACGAGAUUAGCGUGGACAGUUUGGACUUCAAUAAGAAGAUCCUUCACACAGCCUGGCACCCCAUGGAGAGCAUUAUUGCUGUAGCUGCCACCAAUAACUUGUAUAUAUUCCAGGACAAAAUUAAUUAAGGAAACCGACUGGAGGACCAAGUGUUGUCUUGCAUACUUAAGCCGGUCGUUAGUUUUCCUGUCAAAAAAAGGCAUUGUCCUCUCCAUUGAGAAUAGUGAAGCACUUCUACUUCCCUCAUAGACACAGGAGAAGAAGGGGUCUCAGCUGGAGUCUUGGGAGAGAUGAGUGCCGCUGCUGAAGGGAAAACCUACUCGAAGCUGAAUUGGUGGACUCUGCUCAAUAAAGGCCAUUACUCAAAUGUAUUUAUUUAAGUCUGAGCCUUCCUUUCCAGUUUAUAGACCAAAAAAACUAACAUCUGAAAGAAAAAAAAAAUCUCAUCAAAUCUCUCUCCAGCUCUUCCCUCUGUCUCUGCCAUCCAUCCCUGGGCCUUAUCCUGGACAUGGGGUGGCCACCACCCAAGUUCCUCUCUGGCCCUGGAGCCCUAGUGGGCUGCAUCACCCACCGCUGAUGCGUGGUGUGUGGAUACGCCCGAGCAGGCUCAGGCAGCUCUACUCACCCACUGCACCUGCCGUCACACCUUCUGUGGAGCUACUUAAUAAACACAACACACUGUGAAGUGUUUUUAAACCCAAA